AGCUGCAAUUGCUAAAAGAAGCAUUCGGCAGGAUGGCAGCAAAAGAUGUGAAGUGCGACAUGCUCUCUCAUGUCAGCAAGCGCUAUGAGAGCAAGCCAAGGGACCCUGAUAGUGUGUGGACCUGUGUCAAUAGUCCUGACUUGCCUCCUUUUGACUUGCAGCCACCAAAUAAAAAACCUGGGCACUUUUAUUACGGUCUUCGAAUUGUUACUGGAGAUCAGAGAGAGGCUGAUGCACAUGACACCGCAGUCUAUGUCAGGCUGGAAGGAGCCAGUCACUGCACUGGAGACAUUAGAAUUGGGCAAGAAGAUGGACUCUGGACCAUCUUCAAGGAAUAUUUUGGUACCUCAACCUAUGAUGACAUCAUAAUCGAAUCAAGUGCCGAAUUACAAGUGGAGGUGUUUACAGUUGGUUUAAAGUUCAGAUACCCGUCAUCAAUUGCUGCUAAAAACAACUGGUAUGUUGAUUUCAUGCAAGUCCAUGACCUCCAGUCAACAUCUGGAGAGCCAAAGACCUUUUCUUGUUAUCAUUGGAUAGGUCAAGGGACAAAUGAAGUGUCCUGCACUUCUAGGAAUGCUACUUGGAAAGAAAUACAAGACAACCCAGUACUUGUGAAGCAGCGAUCAGACCAGCUCAAGAAGAGGAGAGAGGAAUACAAAUGGAAGCAAUACUCAGACCUUGGCUACCCUUCUUCAAUCGAUGAUGUGACCAAUGACACCAUUCCCCUUGACGAAGAGUUUGAGCGCACAAAACAAGAGCAUUUUCUGGGAACCUUGGCAAAAAAUCAAAUUGUCGGUGCUCUCACGGGCAUUAAAGUGUUCCUUGUGCAGGCCUUUGAGAAGUUGACUGGCCUGUCUCUAAGUGAGGACAAGUCCAUGACGACUCUUGAUAAAUAUGAAGACUUCACUCUUCGCAUUAAAUCAAUCAACAAGGAUGAAAUAAAUGUGAGUGGCGCUUUUUCAGUCCACGAGGGCUACCGUUGGGUGAGUGACGUCGAGUUUGGUCGCCAGGUUUUGAAUGGGGUCAAUCCUCAUAUCAUCAGGAGAUGCACGUCUCUUCCUCAAUACUUUCCUGUUACUCAAGAGCUCAUUGCUGGAGUCCUUGGUGCUGAUCUUGAUAAGGAAAUGAAGGAUGGUCGUGUUUACAUUGUUGAUCUAAGUGAGAUUAUGGAUGGAUUGCAGUGCAGGGAUGGUUGCUAUUGCCCAGCUCCUACUUGUCUACUGCAUGUCAAUAGGAUGGGAAAACUUGUUCCAAUUGCCAUACAACUGAAGAGGAAGCCUGGAGAUGAUAAUCCCAUCUUCUUACCAAGUGAUACCUGGAUGGACUGGCUUAUGGCUAAGAUCUACUUUAAAAGUGCGGAGGCCCAGUUUCAUCAACUCUCCACUCAUUUCAACUCUUGCCAUGCUACAAUGGAGACGUAUCACGUAGCAACAAAGCGUAAUCUCCCUGACUCUCACCCUGUGAGUCGCUUGCUCCUACCUCACACUCGCUACACAACAGCCAUUAACACUGCAGCCAGGGACAAACUAGUGGGUGAUGGAGGCGUCAUUGAUCAAGCAUUUUCUAUUGGAGGAGAGGGAAAGAAAGAGUGUUUUCGCCGAGCUAACAGCAAACACAAUGUGAUGGACUCCCAUAUUAUGAGUUCUAUGAGAGAGAGGGGAGUUGAUGAUUCUGCCUUGCUGCCUGGCUACCAUUACCGUGAUGAUGGGACUGAAAUAUGGAAAGCAAUCGAGUCGUUUGUAACAAGCAUAAUAAAUAUUCAUUACAAAAGCGAUGAGGAUGUUGUGGGGGAUAAGGAGAUACAAGAAUGGGCUGCAGACAUGCAUGACAAUGGAUUCCCUGCUUUUAGAGAGGUUUCUGCUGGUCGUGGCUUUCCAAAAAGCAUCGACAGUAAAAAUUCUUUGAUUGAUACCUGCACUUUGAUCAUGUUCACUGGCUCUGCACAGCACGCUGCUGUCAAUUUCGGUCAGUUUGAAAUUUAUGGAUACGUGCCAAACGCUCCUUUUGCACUCCACGAGCCUCCACCAACUAAGAAGGGACAAACAGAUAUCGAUUUCAUCUUGAGAGCUCUACCAAAGAGUCAAACAACACUUUUGAGUAUGACUCUCGUCUCAAGCCUUGUCCAGCAUAGUUCUGAUGAAGUAUUCCUUGGUGGAUUUCCUAAACACUGGUACACUGAGGGGGAAGAGGUUGCUGCAGAAAAGAAAUUCCUCAAUAACCUAAAGACACUCAAGGAAAAAUUGACAAAAAGGAAUGAGUCACUUGAAGUCCCUUACCCAUACAUGUUGCCCAGUCGUAUUCCAAACAGCAUCACUAUAUAAGUGAUGCGUCAUUGAUUACUGGAUCUCCCUUUGGUUUAUUUUGGACAAUCCCUUUCAAUUAUAGUGUGUUUACUUAGAGACUUUGUUUUUGAUUUUUUUGCUUGAAUAUUUUGCUAAAAUAUAAUUGCUGCAAGUAGUAAGUAUAACAUUUAGGAAUAAUAAUUAUUGAUUUGUUGAUCAGCUUUACAAUGAAA